AUGUGGGGCAGUGAUGGCGUGUACAGCGACGUGGGCAACUUGUUCCAUCAGUUGAAUGCCGUGGCAAAAAAACGCAUGGAGUCCCGGAGCAGUGCCGCUCAGCAGCCGACCACCACGUGCGACGCGGCGGUGAUCGUGAUGUGCCUUGUGAGCUGGUUCAUGUGCCAUGCAGCGCAGCUUCGGCUUCUGUCCAUGGCCAGCAUCGAUCCGACCUGGCAAGCUUACCUUCUUCCCUGCUUUCAACGCCUCUACCGUGCAGCAUGGUGUCCGGGCAGUUUCGGUGAGGCAGCGGAUCGCUGGGCUUAUGUCACAGCUUUCGCUGGGCAGGUGACGCAAGAGGGUGAUGCGUUGUACGUCGUCAUGUGUGGAACCCUGGUACUGGGAGCUUUCUCGCCCAUGGUGGAAGUCUUCCUCCCAGGUCCGGACUGGUUGCUACCACAGCUGUUCAGCAGCAUCGCAAGCUUCUUCCUCAUGGUCUACUUGAUCAGGAGCGGGGUGGAGGUAAGUGAAAA